AUGACUUUAUUUCUGAAGGAUUUCCCGGAUGGCUAUAUGUGAUUUCAUAGCGAUAUGGAAUUGUUUGCUCUUUAUACAGUAGCUCUCGUAUUAAUGAAGCAAACAAUGGCUUUUGGAAUUCUUCCCGGAUGUUCUUGUGGUGUGUCACCAAUAUGUCCUCCACCGGUCAUAUGUCCACCUCGAAUUUGUCCACCAUGUUUAUCAUCUAUUCCAAUUGUAUACAAUUAA